AAAGGCCAAGCGGCUGGCCGUGACUACGCAGCGCGCAAAAAACGCAACUUUUCAUUUAAUUUAAUUAGCCAACUUGUGAUUAAGUGCAAAACAAAACUAAAAGGAAAAACUAUGACUAAGAGAAACUUGGGUGUCAUCAUUAUGAUGAUGAUGAUGAUGAUCUGUUGCCAAGUGGAAUUAGGUGCAGCAACAGGACUAGAUCUAAAAGGACUUUCAUUGACCAUAGCUGGCAAUGGCAGCAUCAUUCCAGUGUCCUCAAAUAAUUCGGAUACUUAUGAUCUGAUCCUUAAUAUAACAGAGGUUCCCCUGCCGGACGAUUGCCCUUCGUUGAGCAAUGCCAACUCAUUGACACAAACUGAAUUGAUUGCUCGUCUGACUGACAAUUGUCGAUAUGAUAAACUCGAGCCACCCAUCAAUCUAACCGAUAAUGGCGAAGAGCAGGAUCCAUUGGAUGUAUAUGCCCGUUUCUAUAUCUAUGUGAUCAAAAAUCUCGACUCGAGCGAUAUGCAGUUUAUGGUUCAGGGCUUAUUGCAGUUUCGUUACUCUGACUCACGUCUGGCCUUCUCCUCCUAUGCUCCGAAUCGAAAGCAACCCAUUAUGGGUGAGGGAAGACUAAGGGAUUUGAUAUGGGUGCCACAUGUGUUUCUGGCCAAUGCUCACAGUUCCAGUGUCCUGGGCACAACGGAGAAAGAUGUUGUAACGACCAUUUAUCCUGACGGAACUGUCCUCAUAUCCACACGCAUUCAGGCCACUCUAUAUUGUUGGAUGAACUUCCAGAAGUUUCCGUUCGAUGAGCAAAAGUGUUCCACCAUUUUGGAGAGUUGGAUUUAUAACACAUCGGUGCUGCAACUCCAUUGGGAGGACACGAAUCCAGUGACAUUUGACCCACAAUUGCAAUUGACGGAAUACUAUCUAAUUGGUUCGUUGUACAAUGAAUCUGUCAGUGUCUCGGAUUCUUUUACCAUGACCCAUGGAGCUCUUGUGGGUAACUAUAGUACCCUGAGUUUCAGUGUCCUGCUGACACGGGAAGUGGGCUACUAUAUAAUUGAUUAUUUUCUGCCCUCCAUUAUGAUUGUGACCAUAUCCUGGGUGUCCUUUUGGCUUCAGGCAGAUCAAACGCCGGCACGAACCACCUUGGGUUGCACCACACUCCUCUCCUUCAUCACUCUAUCCCUGUCGCAGGAGAACAAUCUAUCCAAGGUUAGUUAUGUAACCAUGUCGGAGGUGUGGUUUCUGGUCUGCACCAUUUUCAUUUUUGGCAGCCUCGUGGAGUUUGCCUUUGUGAAUACGAUCUGGCGACGUAAUAAUAAUCUAGAGCUAAAGAAACGCACCACCAAAUACAUUGUGAAAUCGACAUUUGUGCCCAAUUUGAAACGGAAUCGUCGUGGCUACAAUCGGAGCAACAGCACCAUGAGCACCUGCAGCAUGGACAAGGGCAAUAAUGGUGGUCAGAAUAAUACAGUCAUCACCAUUGAGACGCCAAUUGUAAUUGGUGGUGGUGGUGGUCUGAGUCGAGAGGAUUCGGCCAUUAGCCUGGAGGAGAGUGAAAGUAGCCUGGGCUCUGCCUCAACGGCGAGUCUUACGGAAAAGGAGAAACCAGCACAAACAUUUGCCACCAUGACCCCCAAAGAGGUAUCCCUGUGGAUAGAUCGCAAAAUGCGUUUCGUCUUUCCAUUGGCAUUUAUCAUAUUCAAUGCCUUAUUCUGGACCUUGGUCUAUUGUCUCUAAAGGGAACAGAACAGAAGGUAUCUCAGUAGAUGGAAUUGGGGAUAAAGCAAAACUGUGAUUGCAAUUGCUGAACAGCUCGGACUGUGUGUCCUGUAACUAUUUCAAUAUUUCUCAAAAAGCUAUUAUAUUUAAGUUUUUCUAUGUAUUUAUU